AUGGGCCCAUCUUUCAGUAACUCGACAUUCCAGUCCAAAAUAACAGAGUCAGCUGAUAUUGUUGUUGGAAUAUGUUAUAUGGUAUUUGGAAUAUGCUCCUUGUGUGGGAACAGUAUUCUCCUACAUGUCUCCUACAAGAAAAAGAAUUUGUUGAAACCAGCAGAAUACUUGAUUAUUAACCUUGCCAUCAGUGAUCUUGGUAUGACUCUGACAUUGUACCCUCUAGCUGUAACCUCCAGCCUCUCACACAGGUGGCUGUAUGGGAAACAAAUUUGCUUGUUCUAUGCGUUUUGCGGGGUGCUGUUUGGGAUCUGCAGUCUUUCAACACUGACAUUACUGAGCAUUGUGUUCUGCCUCAAAAUUUGUUUUCCAGCUUAUGGGAACAGGUUCAAGAGAGAACAUGGACAAAUCUUGAUAGCCUGUGCUUGGACUUACGCAGCGGUUUUUGCCUGUUCUCCUCUAGCUCACUGGGGAGAAUAUGGACAGGAGCCCUAUGGCACAGCCUGCUGCAUUGACUGGCAUUCCACCAACGUAAAUGCCAUGGCCAUGUCUUACACCUUAGUCCUCUUCGUUUUCUGUUUUAUUCUCCCUUGUGGAGUAAUUGUCACUUCCUACUCUCUUAUUCUGGUGACUGUGAAAGAAUCCAGGAAAGCAGUGGAACAGCACGUCUCCGGCCCUGCCAGGAUGAGCAAUGCACAAACCGUUACUCUCAAGCUGAGUGUUGCUGUGUGCAUCGGAUUUUUUGCUGCCUGGAGCCCUUAUGCCAUUAUUGCCAUGUGGGCAGUUUUUGGAUCAAUAGAUAAGAUUCCUCCAUUAGCCUUUGCUGUGCCAGCUGUCUUUGCAAAGUCAUCCACACUCUACAAUCCAGUUAUCUAUCUCCUCCUGAAACCAAAUUUCCGAAAAACCGUCGCCAAAGACUUCACGGUUCUUCAACAGUUAUGUAUUAGGAGUUGUUUUUGUGUCAAGGCACCGCAGGACUACAGAUCAGCUGUGAACACCAGUCUGAGAACACUUAAAGGCAAAAAUGAAUCCAGCUGUAAUUCUCUGCCUGUUGUGGAAGAAUGUUCUUAUUUCCCCCAUGAAAAGCACAGUGAUACUUUUGAACAUUUUCAAAGCUAUCCAAAAUGCUGCCAGGAGAGGCCAAGCGCUAUAGAAUGCCCUCCUCAAGAAACUAUGUCCUUGGCAGCAACCUCCAAGCAAAAGUGAGACAGGCCAGUAAGAAGUCUGUGGGGAAUAAAAAGCACUGAAAUUGAUA